AUGCAUAUCGCUCUGAAGACAAUGCAAAGCAGGAAGAAUAGUGGAGAGCCAACGACAAAACGCCCAAAGAUGCAGGCUCCAGAACGGUUGCAGUGCACGUUCUUCCUGGAAAACAAGAAACGGCGAUGUGGUAUGAUGCGAUCUGCAAAAUUCCUGUUCUGCACAGAGCAUGCACAGCAUCUGGAUAACAAAGAAUUGCAUUCCAGCGAUGCAGCUGCCGCUGCCGCGCGUGUUCCAUGUCCUUUGGAUCCGCGCCAUACUGUCUGGUCACGGAAACUAAAGGCACACAUACGUAAGUGUAAUAAAGCCAAAGAUAUUUUUUUACUCGAACAGAAAACGGAUAUGCCGUGGUACUGUCCCGGGCUUAACAGAGCUGAUGUUAGCCGCCGAGCUAGCGUUGACAAAGCAGCCGCUAGCUGCGCUGUGCUCGGCGUAGCCGCCGAGCACAGCACCGAACAGCAGGUCAUAUUGCACAGUGUCUCUAUACUCAACCGCAUUAGUGACGGGGAAUUCUCCGAAGCCUUGCCGUUGCACGAACAAUCGAACGAACAAGUUGAGUUUCACAGGUUUCCCCAACUGUUGGGAAACAAAAAGCACGCGAUCCAACAGUCGUCAUUAAUCCAGCACCUUAAAGUUCACGGGCUAUGGAAUAGGCCCGACGGAGGUCACGUGACGUAUAUAGAAUUCGGGUGUGGGCGUGCAGAGCUGUCCCGGUACUUGAACCAGUCCACCGUGCUGUCGCAGCUUCCAACAACCAAGAGCCCCGCGGUUCCGGCGUUUGUACUCAUUGACCGAGGAACCAACCGUAUGAAAUAUGACAAGAAGUUCAAUGACGACAUUGCGGAGUUCUACACCGCGUACCAGCCAGCGGUGCCUGUGGACCAGCGAAGGUGGGUGACCAUUACAAGGAAGAAAAUCGACAUUGCAGACCUCAACUUAGAUGCGCUUCUUUCAGACGGUUCAGAUCACGUGGCCAUCUCAAAACAUCUUUGUGGAGUCGCUACAGAUUUUACAAUUCGGUGUAUUUUCAACAGUGAGCGUCUGAAAACAUCGCUGAAGGGGGUGCUGAUUGCCAUGUGUUGUAGACAUGCGUGCGAUGCUGCGGAAUAUGUAAAUCCGGAAUACUUGACGUCUUUGUUGGACAAGUAUAAUGUUGCGCACGAGGGUUUGAGUUACUCACAGUUCUUCUCUGCGCUCAGAAAGAUUGCGUCGUGGGCUGUCUGCGGGAGGAGACCUGGCGUAGCUGAUACAGACAUAAAUAGUCACUUUACAGGUCUUUCUGUACGAGAGCGGGAACGAUUGGGAGAAAUCGCUCGAAGAGUCAUUGAUGAAGGUAGAUGUGCAUAUUUUAGGGAGCGUGGCUAUGAUGUGCGUUUGUUUAGGUACUGUGAUAGCAGCGUUACCUUGGAAAAUGUAGCGAUGCUUGUGACUCGGCGUGGGUGA